GUGAGGGUAGAUUGUGUUUGGAGGCGAGAUGCAACUCAGUGUGUGUGACUGCAGCCUGGAUAACACACUGAACUCACAUUUGUAACUUUUUCUCUAUAAUAUUUAAUUCAUAAAUCCUCCAUCAUGGACCUGGACCCGGCCGUCCUCAUCCCCGCGCUCCUUUUCACUGCAGUCGCCAUUUAUUUCGCUUCAUCGUAUCUGAACAAGAAGCCCGACGCCUCCGCAGCCGCUAAGAAGAAGCCAAAAGUCAGCUACGGAGACGACAUCCCUCCGUCCAGAGCCCUGGGAAAACCGACCAUAGCCGAGCCUGCUCCAGUCAAAGUGAAGCCUGCUCCAGUACCAGAACCAGAACCAGUUAAAGUAGAGCCUGUCCCUGAACCAGUUAAAGUACCAGAGCCUGUCCCUGAACCAGAGAUUGUACCAGAACCAGUUGCAGCACAAGUAGCUGCAGCACCAGAACCAGAACCAGAACCAGUGUGGGAACCCGAACCUGUCCCCGAACCAGAACCAGUAUUGGAACCCGAACCUGUCCCAGAACCUGAACCAGUAUAUGAACCAGAACCUGUCCCAGAACCUGAACCAGUAUAUGAACCAGAACCUGUCCCAGAGCCAGCUGUGCUUCCAGAACCCGUGGCCGAGCCCGAGCCUGAACCUGAGGUGGUCCAGGAGCCUGAACCUGAACCCAUCGUAGAGAUAACACCAGAACCAGAACCAGAACCCGAGAUUGUCCCGACCAAUGAUGUGGCUGCAGCUGAAGACAUGGUGAUGUUCACUCCAGGAAAGAAACAGAGCAAGUUUGAGACGAUGAUGACCAAGGAGGAGAUCGAGGAGGAGCAGAGGGUGCAACAGGAGCAGCUGGCGGCCAUCUUCCUUCUGCUGAGGGAGAACCAGGAGUCGCUGGGGGAGGUGACGGAGGGAGAGAUGGAGGAGCAGCUCAAGCUCUACUCCCUCUGAGACUUCACAAAAUAUACUGUAGAUUUAUAUUUCAAACAUGAACAUUAGCGUUUUUUCUUUUUAGUUGAAGUAGUACUUCAUUUACCGUGAAAAACUUUGGAAUGUACAACAUUUAACUAAAUAUUUUGUAUUUUUUGUUAAAGGAUUUUUUCAUCGGAUAUUUCAAUUCUUUUUUCAAAGUGAUCUUAAAAUAUUAAGACUAAAGCCUUUGUUUGUCUUUCAGAUUUUUCGAGGGAUUUAAAAUUAAAAUAUUCAAAUUUUUUCACAAAAAUAUUUGACUUUAAUUUAUUUGAACAAAACAUGGUUCCUAAUGGGCCACCUUAGUUUUUUUUUACCGAACAUGUGUAAUAUAGCAAAUGUAAGUGCUGCAUUUAUGGUAAUGCAGUGUUUUCUACGGCAUAAUCUUAAUCCAACAUGUUUUGAAACAUUCUGAUAUUGUUCUCAAAAAAUGCUAUUCUUGGAAAACCAUUACCAUCAACAUGUUUAUUUAUAUAUAAAGCAUAAUUGUACUCUCAAAAUUAUUUAGUAAGAGUUAUCUUUUAAAAUAUAAUCAAAAUCUUGAAAAAUAAAUGUAUUUUAAAGUUUUCUGGAAUUUAUUCCCCCAACAUUAAUUUUUUCCUGCUUAAUUUUCUUUUGUCAUGAAUGAAUUAUUAUACAUUAAGUAUUUUUUCUUAAAAUCGUAUAAUACUAUUCUAAAAACACACCCUAACUUAAAAGCUGUAUGAGGUUUUUUUUAGAUAUUAAGACUUAUAAAAUGUAUAUUUUUAUUUUAGAAAUAUUACACAUUUUUAUUUUAAGACAUUAAGUAUUGUGGUAUUUAUUAUUAGUUCUGUCAGCUGUUAUUUCUGUUUACAUCAACAUAUCAGCACAGCCAUGCUAGCAGUUUCCAUCUGUUUCCAGUCUUUAUGCUAAGCUCAGCUAACCAUCUGUAAACCUGUGUGUGUGUGUGUGUGUGUGUGUGUGUGUGUGUGUGUGUGUGUGUGUGUGU